AUGCAAUCUUUGGGUAGUACCAAUCGGAAUGGUCAAAUUGAUCAAGCCACACAACUCGGUCAUUCUUCAUCCAUCGGCACCACAACAAGACUCUCACUCUAUGAUCGUCUCACUAAUUAUCCCUAUUUAACAGAAGCAGCAAAAAUAUCAUUGAGAGAUUACAAGUAUAAAAGUGGUGAUGCAUCGAUUCUAUCUUAUUAUUUACAACCGUAUUGGGAAUUCUGUGCCAAACUCAUUCCACAUUAUGUGGCACCUAAUACCAUUACUUUGUUAGGAUUUCUUGGUGUUUUAUUUGGAUGGGCAGUAUUAGUGUAUUACAAUCCUGAUUUACAUAAUCAUCAAGUGCCAUCCAUUAUUUAUUUGCUCAAUGCUCUAUUAUUAUUUUAUUAUCAAACCAUGGAUGCCAUUGAUGGUAAACACGCAAGAAAUACAAAGAAUAGCAGUGCAUUGGGAGAAUUAUUUGAUCAUGGAUUGGAUGCUCUCAUAGGAUAUUUCCAAUGUUACAUUCUUGUGAGUGCUAUUGAUUUAGGUAGUACUUAUUUUGCACUCAUUGUCAUUGUCUUGUAUUACAUGACGAGUUUCAUGAUGAUUUGGGAAGAUUAUGUGACUGAUGAAAUGAGAUUUGGAAAAUACAAUUCACCCACAGAAGCAAUUAUGCUUGCCAUUACUAUUCUCAUCAGUUCAUUUGCUAUGGGUCAAUCGAAAUGGUCUACUGUAUUAUUUACCGUUCAACGUAAUGACUCUGCUCGUAAACGUUCGCAUCGAACCAUUCAUGUCAUUGGUGGAAUUGGUGGUGCAUUGAAAGGAAUUCUCUCAUACAUGAUUGUAUUGAUCAUGUUUGGCAUGUUGGCCUAUUUAUCACCUCAUCUUGUUGAGAAUCAUUUCUUACCAUUCAGUAUGCUCUAUGGAUUGACUGCUUCUUAUAUUCAAACACGAUUAAUAUUUGCACGUGUGUGUGGAUGUUUAUCACCAACAUUCUUUUUCAUUAUGAUUCCCAUGUGUAUCUUGUUGGUAUGGAGAGUGGUGGUGUUUAUGUUGAAUGCUUCUAAUCAUUUAUGGCAAGUGAGAAUGGAAGUGUACUUGUUGUAUGCAUGUGUUGCAACCGUGAUUGCUUCCUAUUUGCAUAUGGCUUGUUUAGUGAUUCGACAAAUUUGUGAGACAUUGGGAAUUCAUGCAUUUCGGGUGAAAAAGCAUGUACUUGCAGACGAUAGAGUCUGCCUCUGCCAAAGCUCUCAACAAGAGGCAACCACAUCACCAUUUGCUCCCUCGGACUAUGCUCGACGAAGAGAUAAAGAUCUCUCACUUAAAACAUCAGACAUACUUUUUGCUCGUGCAAAUUCAACUCCCCCAACCAGAUUCACGAAUAAGGAGGAUUUAUCUUUCCUUACUGUCGAUCAGCCAGCAACCUUAAUACCGAAACAGAAAUUAGCUGCUGAGAGAAAAAGAAAUGCAACCAUUAGAAAUCCUCUCAACUGUGAUGAUAUCAAUCAUCCUGAAGAUUAUGGAGAUUUUGCAGUUCGAGGGUUUUUCAGAAGUGAUUAUCAACGAGUCAUUCCUGAAAAACAUAAAACAGAUAAAUUAAAUGUAAAGGAUAUUAAUGAUGAAUGGAAAUUCACAACGAGAAGAAAUAUUAACCCCUUGUCUCCUCGAUACGACUAUGAGAAGCGUAUAAUAGGACGAGAUAUUGGAGAAAUUGAGGGUUCUAAACCAGCACCGCUUCCACCAUUAUCGAAUUAUAUUAAGGAGCCUUUGGUUGAAAGAAGAGGAAAUUUUGGUCAUGCAGUACCAAAUACUUUUCCAGUAGAGAGACGAGAGUACAGGAAAAUUAACUUUGUACAAGAUAUUAUUGGAGAACCUCCCAAACACUAUGCAACAUUUCAUGUCAACACAAGAAGGCAGACACAUCCUCUUGAUCCAAAAUAUUAG